CUUCUUCCCCGACCAUCCAUCCUCUCAACUACAUACAGCCCGCCAAGUCAAUUCCGCUCUCUGAUCACUGCAGGACCUCGUCCUUUAUUCACCACCGCCCACCAUUUCAUCCAUAUUCACCCGUCUAUUCGGCAGCUUCAUUGCUCGCCCUGUUUCUCCCGGCACCAUGUCCGCUGCAAAAGUGAAGGCCCAGGAAAUCAUCGCCGACAACAACGUUGUCGUCUUCUCCAAAUCCUACUGCCCGUACUGUAAAGCCACCAAGUCGUUGCUCACCGAGUUCGGCGCUCCUUACUAUGUGCUAGAAUUGGAUCAGAUCCAGGACGGCUCUGCUAUCCAGGACGCGCUCGAGGAAAUCACUAACCAACGCUCCGUCCCCAAUAUCUUCAUCAAGCAGCAGCAUAUUGGCGGAAACUCUGAUUUGCAGGCGCGCAAGGCCGACUUGCCGCAGUUGUUGAAGGAUGCGGGGGCUUUGUAAACACAGAACACUAUCGAUGACUGGAAUUUAAAUUAUGCAAUUUGGGAGGACGUAUUUUUGAUAUAUAGGUUUAGGAUAGGAAUGACAUCACUGCUUACAUGUA